UAUGUCCCAUCAUUUCAAAUAAGAAACCAAACCAUGAUGAUGAUAGGUAUGGCUAUUAUUAUUCCAUAUUCCAAUUAGAAAUAGAAAUCUAGUAUUAGCAUCAUCAAUCUUCCAUGGCAAUUUUUUCUAAGCUCUUCCACAAGCUUUGUUACAAAAUCAUAAUCCUAUUGGCAUUCCUUCUGACUGAAAUAAUCAUCCUCAUCAGGAAGCUAAAAUCAUCAUCAUAUACAGGUCCAAUCACAACAAAGAAGUACCUCAGAUUCAUCGAAGAGAAGAACCCAACAAUUUGCUACAGCAAGAAGAGUAGUAAGUUAUUGAAGCUGAAACCGCCACGGCACGUGGAGUGCACGCUAUGCUUGUCGGAGUUCAUGGAAGGGGAGAAGCUGAGGAGUCUGAAAUGCCAACACACGUUUCACAGGGAUUGCUUAGACACAUGGCUCAAAGACUACUGCGCCACGUGUCCUUUGUGUAGGUUAAAAGUGGUGUCCGAUGAUGUUGUUUCCCAGCACCGUGAGCUUAGAAAGCAAGCUGAUUCUAACGGUAACGGUGAACAGCUAACGUAUUUUUUAGCCGUGUUACGUGGCGGUAACACUUUGCAAAGUUAGCUGCCAUUCCGUUGUUUCCAUCCUAGUUACAUGGAGCGCAAUAUGUUUCGACAUGUUAUCUAAUUGGUAACUUCAUGUAAUUAUGAUUGGGAUUGCAGGCAUGGUAGCCAUUACCAUGUAAUGGAACUUAACAUUAACCAUUGUACUUUGAAAUUAUGUUGCUAAUGUUAAGUUUCAAAUUAAGUUGGGAAUAUGUGAUCAUUGUUUCAUUAUGGUGAAUUAGAUUAUUAUUCUUGAGCUGUUCUCAA